AUGGCUUCAGCCGCGACUAGGAUCAAGUCCCUCGGCCCGUGCAGCGCGUUGGCGAGGGAAACCAUGCGGUUUAUGCGCGGCGAGAACCUGACUACGCAUGCCAAUGACGCACGAAACAGGCUGCAGAUAUACGUAUCGACGGAGAAGGACCCCUAUCUGAACCUCGCCACCGAGCAGCACCUCCUCGAGGUCUCCAACCCGACCUCGACCGUGCUGUUCCUCUACAUCAACCGCCCCAGCGUCAUCAUAGGCCGGAGCCAAAACCCCUGGCUCGAGGUCAACCUCGCCCGUCUGCGCUCGGGGUUGCCUCAACUCCGCACCAAGAAUGACAAAGAAACGCAGGACGCCGUCCCAGUCAGCCUGGUGCGUCGCCGAUCGGGUGGCGGCGCCGUGUUCCACGACCACGGCAACGUCAACUGGAGCGUCAUCUUCCCGACGGCCGAGUUCGACCGCGACCGACACGCCGAGAUGGUGGUGCGCGCCCUGCGGGACCGCAUUGGUGUGCCCUCGGUCCGGGUCAAUGAGCGCCACGACAUCGUCAUGGACGUGCCGUGGAAGCCCUUCAGCGAGCAGGUCAAUACCUUCAAGGUCUCGGGGUCCGCCUACCGCGUCACCCGCCAGCGCUCGCUGCACCACGGCACCUGCCUCGUCCACUCGCCCUACCUCGACCAGAUCAGCCCCCUGCUGCGUCCUCCCAUGGCGGGCUCGUAUCUCAAGACGCGCGGCGCCGGCAGCGUGCGCUCGCUCGUUCGCAACGUCAGCGGCGGCACGGGAUUCGACAAGGUCGCGUUUGAACCGCCCUACUUCCUGGCCAUGGUCAUCGAGGAGUUCAAAGAGACGUACAAACAUCUGUCCGAAUCCGACAAUGAACUCGUGUACAGCAUCGGUCCCUCCGUCAAGAGCAUCCCGGAUGUUGAGAAGGGGUACAAAGAGCUUAUCUCGGAGGCCUGGGUGUACAACCAAACACCACAGUUUACAUUCUCAACUCACCCCACUGGAAUGGAUCCAAGGAAGAGACCGCCACCGCCAGCAGGCGUGUUGCCAACUUUUCAAGCACAUAUGACCAUACGUUACGGCAAGAUAACAGAGUGCAAUUUCAAAGGGCUCGUAUAUGACCGCGAAGACACUGCGGUCAAUGAAGGGCUUCUUGGAAGAGAAUUGUGCAGCAUUACAGAUUGGAGGCAGACAUUGGCUGAAUUGUCGCCGGCUUGGAUGCCAAACGAGGCCGUAGGCGAAUGGCUGAACAAAGUCUUUGGUAACACGCCAGAAGAUAAGAUGAUUAAUUAAUGGUGGCAGAUGAGAAGAAACGAGUGCAUGGGGAAAGAUACUAUUUUUGUAGGACAUUGUAACAUCACCAUGUAAUAGAG